CCCUUUAGAGUUAAAAGCAAUGAGCAUUGUGCUGAUUUGCUUUUCUCAAUGAAGGCCCCUAAGUCUGGAAAGAAAGUUGCCGCCGCCCCCUUCCCCCAGGGCAAGGCCGGUGUCUCCAAGAAGAAUGCCAAGAACCCUCUCAUCGAGAGACGUCCCCGCAACUUCGGUAUCGGUCAGGACAUCCAGCCCCGUCGCAACCUCUCGCGCAUGGUGCGCUGGCCCGAGUAUGUCCGCCUUCAGCGUCAGCGCAAGAUCCUCAACAUGCGCCUGAAGGUCNCCCCGGCCAUUGCCCAGUUCUCCCAGGUUCUGGACCGCAACACCGCCGCCCAGGCUUUCAAGCUCCUCAACAAGUACCGCCCUGAAACCAAGGCCGAGAAGAAGGAGCGCCUGACCAAGGAGGCCACCGCCGUCUCCGAGGGCAAGAAGAAGGAGGAUGUCUCCAAGAAGCCCUACACCGUCAAGUACGGUCUCAACCACGUUGUUGGCCUUAUUGAGAACAAGAAGGCUUCUCUUGUCCUCAUCCCCAACGAUGUCGACCCCAUUGAGCUCGUUGUCUUCCUCCCCGCUCUCUGCAAGAAGAUGGGUGUCCCAUACGCCAUCGUGAAGGGCAAGGCCCGUCUCGGAACGGUCGUCCACAAGAAGGUGAGAUCCAACUUACACGUCAAUUCGCUCGCACAAAAACAUAUUAACAUGCCAAUCAGANCCGCUGCCGUCCUCGCCUUCACCGAGGUCCGCUCCGAGGACAGCUCCGAGCUCUCCAAGCUCGUCUCCGCUGUCAAGGACGGCUACAUGGCCAAGACCGAGGAGUCCAAGCGCCACUGGGGUGGUGGUAUCAUGGGCGCCAAGGCUGUUGCUAAGCAGCAGAAGAAGCAGAAGGCCCUUGACAACGCCAUCAAGAUCUAA